AUGUCCCGGGAGCCCGGCUCGCCCUGGGGGGCCAUGGGACUCCUGAAAACUUUCGAGGAGAGCGAAUUCGGCAGCUGGGAGAAGAUCGGCUCGGGGGGGUUCGGGCAGGUGUACAAGGUGCGGCACCUCCACUGGAAGACCUGGCUCGCCAUCAAGUGCUCGCCCAGCCUGCAUGUGGAUGAGAAGGAGCGCAUGGAGUUACUGGAAGAAGCCAGGAAGAUGGAAAUGGCAAAGUUUCGCUACAUCCUUCCUGUUUAUGGCAUCUGUAAAGAACCUGUUGGCUUGGUCAUGGAAUACAUGGAAACGGGUUCUCUAGAAAAACUCCUGGCUUCAGAACCUCUGCCCUGGGAAUUGCGCUUCCGAAUCAUCCACGAGACAGCUGUGGGGAUGAACUUCCUGCACUGCAUGUCCCCUCCGCUGCUCCACCUGGACCUCAAGCCUGCAAACAUCCUGCUUGAUGCCCACUACCAUGUCAAGAUUUCUGACUUUGGACUUGCAAAGUGCAAUGGCUUGUCCCAUUCCCAUGACAUCAGCAUGGACGGCUUGUGUGGCACAAUUGCGUACCUUCCUCCAGAGCGCAUCAAAGAGAAAAACAGGUGUUUUGACACCAAACAUGAUGUGUACAGCUUUUCCAUUGUCGUUUGGGGAGUUCUUACACAGAAGAAGCCUUUUGCAGAGGAAAACAACAUUUUACAUAUUAUGGUAAAAGUAGUUAAAGGCCACCGCCCAGAGCUACCUGCUGUUUCCAAAUCCAGGCCUCAGUCAUGUAAUAACUUGAUCAAACUGAUGCAAAAAUGUUGGCAAGAUGAUCCUGGUGAACGGCCAACAUUUCAAGAAAUCACUUCAGAAACAGAGGCCCUUUGUGAGAAACCAGAAGAUGAAACAAGAGAGAUGAUAACUCAGGACCUGGACACCAAGAAUUCCCCAGAGCAGCAGCCUGAGGGGAUGUCUGCGUUAUCCCAGCCGAAACAGGAGCCUGCUUUACCGUCAGUUAAGGAUUACAGUCUCUCAGAGUUGUUGUCCCAGCUGGAUUCAGGGAUUUCACAGACUAUGGAAGGCCCUGAGGAUCUCAGCCGCAGCUCUUCUGAGUCCAAACUUGCCUCCAGUGACAAGCGGCUUUCGGGAGUUUCAUCUGUAGAUUCAGCUUUCUCAUCCAGAGGCUCCCUUUCCCUUUCCUUUGAAAGGGAGAGUUCAGAUAUUGGUACUACAGACAUACAGAAGAGAAAGCUAACGGAGGCCAUUUUAUCUGGAGAUACCAGCAAGCUGAUGAAGAUCCUCCAGCCUCAAGAUGUUGAUAUUGUUUUAGAUGGGAACUCCAGUCUUUUGCACUUGGCUGUUGAAGCUGGUCAAGAAGAAUGUGUCAAAUGGCUUCUCCUGUACAAUGCUAACCCUAACCUCACCAACAAGAAGGGAUCCACCCCUCUUCACAUAGCCAUUGAGAAGAAAGUUAAAAGCAUUGUGGAGCUGAUAAUGGCUAGGAAAAUCAAUGUUAAUGCCAAAGAUGAGGAUCAGUGGACUGCUCUUCACUUUGCUGCCCAAAACGGGGAUGAUUUCAGCACCAAAAUGCUGCUUGAUAAGAACGCAUCCUUAAAUGAAAUAGAUUUUGAAGGCAGAGCCCCCAUCCACAUAGCCUGUCAGUAUGGCCAAGAGAAUAUUGUGCGGAUCCUGCUGAGAAGAGGUGUUAAUGUGAACAUCAAAGGAAAGGAUGACUGGGUGCCACUGCACUAUGCUGCCUGGCAAGGUCAUCUCCCCAUUGUAAAGCUCCUGGCCAAACAGCGGGGUGCAAACGUGAAUGUGCAGACCGUGGAUGGAAGGACCUCGCUACACUUGGCUGCUCAACGAGGGCACUACCGUGUCGCUCGCCUUCUCAUAGACCUGGAGACAGAUGUCAACAUACGGAACGCGCUCUUGCAGACUGCUCUCCACAUAGCUGCUGAAACUGGCCACACAAGCACGUCGAGGCUGCUCCUUAAACAUGGUGCAGACAUUGAGGCAGCCACAGCAGAAGGAUACACCGCUCUGCACUUGGCAUCUCGCAGUGGCCAUUUAGCAACAACGAAGUUGCUGAUAGAUGAAAGGGCCAGUGUUCUAGCCAGAGGCCCUUUAAAUAGGACAGCGUUACAUCUUGCUGCAGAAAACGGGCACUCUGAAGUAGUAGAAGAACUUGUCAGUUCAGAGAAUAUCAAUGUUUUUGACAGUGAAGGGUGGACAGCUCUUCAUCUGGCUGCACGAGGAGGGCACACAAAAACAGUUGAGGUUCUUCUGAAGCAUGGGGCGCACACUGACAUGCAAAGACCCACAUGUCAGACCCUGCUACAGCUCCCUCAGCAGAGCAGUAACAGCUCGGUUACUGUGUUGUUAAGUGACACUUAAACAAAAGGUACAGAACUUGCUACCUUUCUGUGUGGUGCGAGAAGGCUGCUGGAGCUUGACUCAUGAGGGCCUUCUCCAGUUGUGCAGUGCUCAUCAGCGGUGUCAGCUGAUGGACUGAGGUGCAACCAGCAGAAGCUACUUGCGUUUGAGUGUGCGAGUGAGAGCGCACAUGGACUAAGGCCAGAUGUAAGGCUAAGAGCUGGAGUCUGCUAUGCCGUGGUUUUAGCAGUCAUUCUGCAUGUGCCUGCCCUGUCUGUGUAUUGACAUUCCUCUUCCAAGGAUGUUGUGAGAGAAGGAUGCAACUUGUGAGUUUCUUCCUGCUUUUUUUUUUUUUUUUUUUUAAUGUGCCAAACUAAUUUAAGAACUAACAUUUUGCUUUUUUUAUUUUCCUGCCCAGCCAAAAAAAAAAAAGGAUGGCAUAGAUUCCUGAUUUAUUGUAGUGAUCUAUAUUUUAGGCUGAAAGCCUCCAGCGUGAAAUAAACACAACACAAAUCUGCUUGAAAUUAAAAUAAGAGAUGAGGAAAGGGCUAUUAAGAAUACAGUUAUUCGCUAUUCACAUUUCAGGGUCAGAAGUUACUCUGUUUAACAGAGACAUUGAUUACAGAUUUCCCUGUACUCGAAACUGAUGAGGCAGACUUACUAACAAGGUAGGAUCCCGAAAAUACAUAAGCAGAAAUACAAGCUUAACACUGGUAUCUUCAUAUACAGUACCACCUUGUAUGUAUUCUAAUAUCAGUAACUGAUCUAGGUGCUUAGCGGUUUGUCUUAAAUUAAAAUGUCAAAAGCUAAAAUUCAUACUGGACUGUAACUGGAUGGUAUAUUCUAACACCAUUAUACCAAUUUGCAAAACAAUGUUUGGAGGGGCUGAUGACUAGAUUGAUAUACUGUGUAUAUAGUAUUUCUACCUGUUGUAUGCUUUUUUCUACUGAAGAAAAUAGAUUGCUUAGAGUGGGUAUGUUUUAAUACACCUUUUAUUUUCACUCUUUUCAAAGUUCAAAUGUGAUGUGUUAUUAAUAAAAG